AUGAAAAGCACAACAAUGCUAGAACUUCUAUUUCUCCUUGCCUUGCUCUCACAACCACUACCUGGAACAGCUAAAGCUUCACCCGAUCAAGUCCUCGAUGUAUUGGGAAAGAAGCUUCGAGUUGAUGCUGACUACUACAUCAUCCCGGCUAAUGGCGGAGAGAUCUCCCUUGAAAGUUCUAUUGGUGAAUCUUGCCCUCUUCAUGUACUAGUUGUGAAACAUAGCCAAGGUUUUCCACUAAGGAUCGCACCGGUCAAAGGCGCGAUUCGUGUCUCCACUGAUCUCAAUAUAAUGUUGGCUAACUAUGAUUCCAGGUGUCCCAACUAUUCAGUUGUGUGGAAGAUUGAUCUUUUUUCCAAAGAAGAAACAUUUGUGACUACAAAUGGUGUAUUGGGUCAUCCGGGUUCAAAUUCGAUUCUAAGUUGGUUUAAGAUUGAGAAGUAUGAAGAUGCUUAUAAGUUGGUGUAUUGUCCCACAGUGUGUCCUUCUUGCAAACAUGCAUGUAAAGAUAUUGGGAUUUAUGUGUAUAAGAAUAGGGAAAUGCGUUUGGCACUCACUAAUAUUCCUUUGAAAGUUAAGUUUCAGGAAGCUUGA